AGGGUAAUGCUUUGCUCAAGCAUCUGUUAAAUGCCAAAAUUACUACUCCUAAUCCUAGUUGUUGCGGCGUGCACAUCCGCUUCGUUUGAUUUGUUUAGACGUCUUGUUUUCAGCGAAUUAAAAUAAUCCAAAAAAGAGAUAAUAAUCAAGUUCUUGUCCUCUGUCGUUGAAUAUCAUGUCAAUGUUCUCUGUUCUAUUCAAGAAUUUGUAGUCCAUGGAUUAAGGGUUUCACAUGUGAAAGGAAAUGGCUUCCGCAGAGUCGAUAGAUGGUGGAGUCCGAGAACACCUGUCGGAUGAAGAUGUGGUGGAAUUGGUUGUUUCAACGGCCGAGUCUGAUGAUUCAACUUCAGACGAUCAGAUAAUUCCUCUGUUGACGCAAUCAGAGAAGCCCAAGAUCAACAUCUUCUCAAUCUCCUACCCCAGAAAGAAACCUAACCGGGAGCAAGUUUUAGUAUCUGCUGAAACAGAGACAUCACCAUUUACAAAGUUUAUUUUGUGGGCAUGGAGUGGAUCUAGGUACUCUGGUCUACUAUGCAUGGCCUUGUCAUCUACUAUAUACUGUAUUAUGGAAGUCCUUUCAGAUACCUUCUCUGCUCAACCAGUCCCUCUUUUUGAGGUUGCAUCUACAAGAUGUGCAGUUAUUUUGAUAUUGUCGUUUAUGUGGUUAAGAAGGAGUGGAGAACCAAUAGUUGUGCCAGCAAAUAUCAAGAUUCUUUUGGUUUUAAGAGCUCUUAUGGGAUGUCUCUCAUUGUUGAGUUUUGUUUAUUGCAUUCAAAGGUUACCUUUGUCUCAAGCUAUCAUAUUGAGCUUUACAACUCCAAUUAUGGCUUCAAUUGUGGCAAGAGUAAUUUUGCAUGAGAAGUUGAAAAUUGCCGAAAUUGGAGGUCUUGCUUUCAGUUUCUUUGGUGUACUUUUCAUUUUCCGGCCAAAACUUACAAUGCAAGGAAAUCUAGCUAAAACUGGGCAAGCAAGCGAUGUUCAGGGAAGCCAUCAUAUAUAUGCAAUUUUAAUUGCUUUAUUUUCAGCAAUAACUGGUGGAAUCAACUACUGCCUUAUAAGGGCUGGAGCGAAGGCAUCUGAACAACCUGUGUUCACAGUUUUUUCAUUUGGCAUUCUUGCUAUGCCUGCUGCAGCAAUAUGUACAUUGGCCUUUGAGGAAUUUGUGCUACCUGGUCUUCAUUCCUUCCUUUUUAUGGUUGUGCUUGGUGUAUUGGCCUUCUUUGCGGAGGUCCUUUUGGCACGUGGACUUCAGCUUGAGAAAACCAGCAAAGUUGCAAAUAUCCUGUACAUUGAGGCUGUCCUGUCACAAUUGUGGGGGAUGGUUUCAUUGAGAAUAGCGCCGUCUUUUGGAAGACUCAUUGGAUGUUUACUGAUCUUGGCUUCAGCUUGCUGUACCAUGUACUCUGGACCUGAGAAAGAGGUUGAAUGAGAUUUAACUGGCCAUUAUUGAAUCAUAGCGUACGUACAACCAUGCAUUUACAUAUCCAUUCCUUUUACAUGUUUGUGAGCAUGCGUGAGGACACGUCUCAGAUAUUGUCAGACAAAAGAAGCAUGCAAUCAAUCUGUUAACUCAAAUAUCAGCAUUUGGAUUAUGUGGAGAGAAGUAGCAAUCCAUUCUAUCUGUCACUGGACUAAUUUGAAGAAGUUCCAUCUUCAAGAUUUUUGGCGACGACAAUUUUUUAAAAUGGGUCAAGUUUAGUGUACCGAACACAAAAAGCAUCCGAAAUACAACCAAAAACAAUUAGGAAGCCCACUAUUACUGUAAACAGAAUGAUUGUACACACCUUAACCUUUUGCUUCCUCAUAGCAAGAGAUUUUAUUGAAAUGUGCGUCUUCCCAGUUGAGUGUGUUUGAAAAGAAAAGAUUCCCAGAUGACUCAAGUAUUUUUUGUACUCGAUCUAAUAAGGCCUAACCGGUAGUUCGGCUUCAGUGACUUUUGGUUCAGAGCCAAUAUCACUACUUGUGACCAUUCUUGAUUCUCCGACUGUAUAAAUUAUCUGUCUUUUGUAGUUAAUGUUUAUGAUGCCUCACACAAUUAUUAACGUCACUGUUCAAGGUGCUCCACACCUUAUUUCUCCAUGCCUGCCAAUUUGCUGCACUUUCAAUGAAUUGCCGUAACCUUGUGGUUUAAAUUUUA